GAGCAGGCCACCGUUGAAAGACCCCAGGGACCUGGAGAAUGGACUUUUUCAAGGUUGCUGGAGCAGCAGUGUACAAGAAGUCAGGACACACCUUUUUUCCCAUCUCUGGAAUAAGGUUCCCCCCUGUCAGUCAGUAGAGUGCCAUGGUGUGAUUGGCAUCGUUUUUUCCUUUUUCAGUGGUAUAUAAUAAUGGUGCCUUAGGCUUCAUGAGUAGUGUCACAGGUUGGGUUCUCCAGGAAGCAGAAACUGAGCUGGGGCUCAGAGUGCAAAGGCUUAUUAUGAAAGGAAAAGAGGAGACACUGGAUUGGGCAGGUGGAGCCAUUGGCCUGCAGUGGAGACCUGACAAAGCUCUGCCAGCCGGAGAGAGCCCAUUGCAGAAGUCCCACGUUGGACAUAAAUGCCUUUGCUCAGUCCUUGACGGGGGCUACCCCGAGAAAAGCAUGACCUUGGCUGGAAAGCUGAAAUGAAAUGGACCCUGAGGGGACAACGACUGGAGCUGCUGGCCAACCAUAUCCCUCCUUCAUAACCACAGUGGAGGAGGAUCUGAGCAGCACAUCUUGUCUGUCACAUACAGUAAAUAAUUUUUAGUCAGUCAGGCUUAAUGCCACCAAAAUUAUGCCAUGAAACUAGAGUACGAUGAAGAAUUGUUUGCUGUAGCUCUUUCAGCUCUCCACGUAUUUUCUGGACCCUGCCCUGGCAGGAGCAUCCUUAGCCAAGGGCUGAUAGAAGUUGGUGAAUAUCCCAGCUCCUCUGGUGCUACAUAACUCUGAGACACAUCCCUACUGUCCCCUAUGGAGUCAAGCUUCAUAUGCUUCCUGACACACCCUUUAUUCAUUCCCUUCUUUCCCUUUCUUACUUUCCCACUCUGUCCUCCCCACCCCAUGCACCUUGUAUUUUCUAGGAUCACCUCCCAAAUAAACUUACACUCAAAUCCUCAUCUCAGAGUCUGCUUCUAAGGAACAUAAACAAAGAUACUGACAAAAAGCAAACAAGUAUGAAUAAAACCUCCACAAAUUUUUGACUCAUAAUUAAUUCCUUUUGGAUACUUGUGCCUUAAGCUUAGGUGUUCCUGAACUCACCAUUUUUACAUAAAAAAAAUUCACAAGCCCCCAUCCAUACACUCAGUAGCUUCUGUUGAUUGAGUGCUUACUAUAUGCCAGGCACAAAACUAAGCACUUUAUGGGUGACCCACCGUUAAAAACUCUUGGAUAUCCCUGAUCUAGUUACAUGCCUGGUGAGAAGGAGAAUCAGGAGGGGGGCUAAAGGAAGUUCAUGUCUCUUUUGCACGUAGGAAACUAAGCCUCCUGGUGUGAAAUGGAAUUACAUUCUUUUUAAAGAAGUCCUUGCUCGUUUCUUUAUUAUCUUCUCUCCUCUUCCAGACACUGACACCCUUCAAGAAAACCAAAGUUGGCAAAUUCCCAUUAAUCGCAAUGACUUCAAAAUUUUUAAAAAUAGUGAGAGUCAACUGUGUGAAGUCCUUCAGAAUAAAUUUGACUGUAUUGCUACGCUGGUCCCUCCAGGCCAGGAGGGUCACAGUGACUCUCUGCAAGUCUUCAGAGGAAUGGUGACUCCUUGGCUAGAGGUAUCCGUCUGGAAGGAUGACCUCACCAGACAUGCUGUUGAUGUCCUGGUGAACGCAGCCAAUGAAGAACUUAUUCAUGGGGGAGGCCUGGCCCACGCCCUGGUGAAAGCUGGUGGCUUUGAAAUCCAAGAGGAGAGCAGGGCAUAUAUUUCUAAAUUUGGUAGAAUAUCAACUGGUGGGAUAGCUUUCACAAGAGCAGGGAGGCUUCCCUGCAAAUUAAUUAUCCAUGCUGUUGGACCUCGGUGGGAGGCAAGAGAGAAUUGUAGAUGUAUCUAUCAGCUGAAAAGUACCAUUACAAAUAUUCUGGACUAUGUCACCCAUUCCAGUCCAAACACUGAGACAGUAGCAAUUCCAGCCCUGAGCUCUGGGAUUUUCCAGUUCCCUGUGGAUUUGUGUACAAAGACCAUUGUGGAAACUAUCAGGUUUUAUUUCCAAGGAAAUCAACAGGCCAAGAAUUUGAAGGAAAUUCACCUGGUAAGCAAUGAGGACCAUACUGUUGCUGCCUUUAAAGUUGCUGCAGAAAUCUUCCUAGGGUGGAACAAGCUGGGAUCCUCAGUGACUCAAGAAACCACCCCUCCUAUCAAUACAAUGGUUGCGAACAACCUGACCCUCCAGGUUGUCCACGGCCACAUUGAACUGCAGAAGACAGAUGUAAUUGUUAAUUCUGUACAUCCAUGUGGUGGUCUUCGAGUUGGAACUGUGUCGAAAUCAAUUCUACAACAAGCAGGAGAUGAAAUAGAAUGGGAAUUCAGGGAAAAAAUGGCUAAGGUAUCUCAAGAUUCGCAGUUGAUCCUGGUCACAGAAGGAUUUAAAUUGCCCUGUGAAUAUGUAUUCCAUGUGUUGUGGCCUUCAGGAUAUCAUGAACUAAAUAUGAUACUGAAAAAUGCAAUGAAGAAGUGUUUGAAAAAAUGCCUGGAGCUAAAUAAAACUUCCAUUUCCUUUCCUGCCCUUGGGACUGAAAGCUUUGGUAAAUGGAAGAGUACAGCAGCAGAGAUUAUGUUUGAUGAAGUUUUAAUAUUUGCCAAGCACCAUUUGAAAAAACAAUUAACUGUAAAGUUUGUGAUCUUUCCAGAAGAACUGGACACAUUUAAGGCUUUCAAAGCUAAAAUGGCAAACUGUAUGUCCAAGCUGCAGGAUUUCAACAAUGACAGUGUCUUUUCAGUCCCCCAGUGGACCAGAGAGGAAGAAAGAGAAAAUGGGCUUAAAGUUCGAUCUCCUGCCAUUGGCCUGAUGGGAUUCAACCUAGAGAGCAUGCGUGAGGCCCAAGUAUGGAUCCAAAAGAUACUGACACUCCAGGACCAACACAUCAUUGAGAAUAAUCAUAUCCUUUACCUGGGGAAAAAGGAACAUGAUAUUUUGCUUCAGCUUCAGAGAACUUCAAGCGUCUCUAUCUCAGAGAUCAUCAGUCCAGAAAAGGCAAUGCUAGAGAUUAAAGGAGCCCAGGGUGACCUCGUUCAAGUGGUUUUGAAUAUCGAGCAUAUGCUGUGUAAAGUUCAAGAGGAACUGGCAAGAGAAAAGGAGCAAGCCCUUUGGAGCUUGUCAGGACAGUGGACUGCUCAGCAACCAAAAAUCCAGAAUGAAAUGAAAGAAAAUACAUUUCUGAAACGCCUAAUGCUUUCAGCUCAAGAAAUUCAGGAUCAGAAGAAACAGUUUGAAAGCUGUGGUUUACAGGUUAUAAAGGUGGAGAAGAUAGAUAAUGCAGUUCUCAUGGCUGCCUUCCAAGGAAAGAAAAUAACGAUGGAAGAGAGAAUUCCUAGGGAACCUGUGAGCCACAGGUUGUUUCAGCAAGUCCCAUGGCAGUUCUGCAAAGUGGUAUGCAGAGUUGGCUUUCAAAGAAUGUACUCGGGGCCCUGCGACCCGAAAUAUGGAGCUGGCAUAUACUUCACCAAGAACCUCAUAAACCUAGCAUGCCAGGUGAAGAAAACACCUGCCACAGACAAGCUGAUCUAUGUGUUUGAGGCCGAAGUCCUCACAGGCUCCUUCUGUCAGGGUCAUCACUUAAAUAUUGUUCCCCCACCACUGAGUCCUGGAGUCAUAGAGAGCCAUGACAGCGUGGUCGACAAUGUCUCCAGCCCUGAAACCUUUGUUAUUUUUAGUAGCUUGCAGGCUGCGCCCCUGUAUUUGUGGACUUGCGCCCAGGAUCAUGUACAGCCACAGAACUACUCAUCAGGACCAGUGAUGUCUCCAGAGCAGCGUUGGAGGAAAUUGCCAAGUGGCAGCCCUGUUGAAUAACCUCCACUUCAUUUUAACCCCUGGCAUGUCCUUACUUUGGAGGAACCAACCAAGUAAUGACCAUCAACGACUCAGAGUGGUUGAAUAUGUCGAGUGGACCAGCAACAUACUGGCAUCUUAGUUUCUUUGUCUUUAUCUCCUGGGGGUGAAUGAGUAGAUAGCAACUAAAGCACUUUCAGAACCAUCCUCUUUCCUUCAAGUUGUCCUUUCAUUUCCUUUCCUGUAGGUUACAGUGAAAACAUUUUACAUGUAAUGAAGAGGUUUUCUAGUGCAUAAUCCAAGCCUUUUAUUUUCUAAAACAGUGAUAGUGUAACAUAUUAGAACAGCAGGAUGAUGUUAGAGUUUCCAGAGAAUCUUAUGUAGUGCUUUAGAUAUCAAAAUAAAUCACAUUUGUCUGAGUAA